UUGGCCAAGUGUGAUUGGACACACAAGGAAUUUGUCUUGGUGCAUAUGCUCUCAGUGUACAUAAAAGAAAAGAUACGUUCAUCAAGGUACAACAUUUACAACACAAUUGAUGAUCAAUAUAUCAAUAUAAAUCAUAAGGGUGUACAUGCACCUUUAGCUUUCAAUGACUUUCUUUAGUACGUGUAAUCCUUGACUUAUAACCACUCACUUAGUGACUGUUCGAAAUUACAACGGCACUGAAAAAAACGACUUAUGACCAUUGCAGCAUCCCUGUGGUCACGUGAUCAAAAUUCGGAGACUUGGCCAGUGGCAUGUGAUCCUCUUUUACAACUCUCUGAUAAGCCGAGUCCAUGGGGAAGACAGAUUCACUUAGCGUCCGUGUUACUAACUUAACAACUGCAGUGAUUCACUUAACGACACUGGCAAGGCAGGUUGUACCAUGGGGGCAAAACUCAACUUACCAACUGUCUUGUUGAGGAAUGGAACUUUUGGCCUCAAUUUUGAUUGUAGGUCGUGGACCACUGGUAUCAUAAGUGUCCUAAAUCAAAUAUAAGUUUAGGAAAAGUCAGAGGCACAUUAGACUCGUUCUCAUAAAGUAAUCCAUAAAGCUGUGCCCCAAUUCCUUCCCAGCUAAUUUGAAGAUAAGAGAAACUUAAUGUACCCAAACAAAAUGAACCACCGCGGAAGUCUUGUUUCAGACUUCUGUUUAAGUGGGUUUUUCAUCAGCCUUUUUCCUCAGGACUUAAUACCAAAUCUGUUAUCACUGUCCUGAUCUAGAACUGGAAUUGGUGAGUGUGAUAUUCCUGUAGGCUACUGUUUUCAGCCACGAGCACGGGAGUCUCUCCGACCAUUAUUUUGGGCCAGCUUUUUCUGGUUUUGUGGGUGAUAAAAAGCCCACAUGUCUGACCCACUGCGUUACAGACCCCAAUCUGCCCUGGGAUCUGUGAUUUCAGGGGGCAUCGAGAUGAAAAGGGGAAGGAAUGAGAUGGUGGAGCUGCCAGGGAUCCAACCAGGAGAAGAUCGGGAGUGUCUGAAUGGCCGCUUCACCAUUAGUACCCUCUUCAGCCCUGAGGGCAGCGGCACCAACCACUACAGCCAAACGGGGGCUGCUUCUUAUGACAUCACCCAAACCAGCCACUGUACCCAUAACAGCACCUUCUACAUGCAGACCUUUGGAUAUAACACCGUUGAUGUUGUGCCUAACUAUGAAAACUAUGCCAACACCAAGAUCUGUAGUGAAAUCCAGAAGCCGAGACCAACACUUGCGGAUCUCCACUCCUUUCUUAAGCAAGAAAAUAGCCACCCGCGUCCCCCAAGAUACGAAGCCCAUAGAAGCAACAGCUUCUCGGACGAAGUGGUGGGAGAAGAGGCUGGUAAGGAGAAAGAGAAGAAUCAAGGAGAGCCCGUCCGAUUCGGAUGGGUCAAGGGGGUGAUGAUUCGUUGCAUGCUUAACAUCUGGGGUGUGAUCCUGUACCUCCGGCUUCCUUGGAUCACCGCACAAGCGGGCAUAGCGCUGACUUGGGUGAUCAUUCUAAUGUCUGUGACCGUGACCACCAUCACUGGAUUAUCCAUUUCUGCCAUCUCCACCAAUGGGAAAGUCAGAUCAGGUGGGACCUACUUCCUCAUUUCGAGAAGCCUUGGGCCAGAGUUGGGAGGCUCCAUCGGUCUCAUCUUUGCUUUUGCCAAUGCCGUGGCCGUGGCCAUGCAUACCGUGGGCUUUGCAGAAACAGUGCGAGACCUCUUGCAGGAAUAUAACUCAAGCAUGGUGGACUCUACCAAUGACAUCCGCAUCAUCGGGGUUGUCACUGUGACGGUGCUGCUUGGAGUAUCCUUGGCUGGGAUGGAGUGGGAAGCCAAGGCUCAAGUUCUCUUUUUCAUGGUGAUCAUGAUUUCCUUCAUUAACUACGUGGUGGGGACGGUUAUGCCAGCCACUGAGGAGAAGCAGGCCAAAGGAUUUUUCAGUUACCGAGCCAACAUUUUUGCUCAGAAUUUUGUUCCCAGCUGGCGGGGCCCUGAUGGCAGCUUCUUCGGUUUGUUUUCCAUCUUCUUCCCAUCAGCCACUGGCAUCUUGGCAGGAGCCAACAUUUCAGGUGAUUUGAAGGAUCCUGCUGUGGCAAUUCCUAAGGGAACCCUCAUGGCUAUUUUCUGGACAACUGUGUCAUAUCUGGUUCUUUCGGCUACAAUUGGUUCUUGUGUUGUCCGUGAUGCCUCUGGGAGCAUUAAUGAUACUGUCCUCGCUGGUUCCAUGGGUUGUGAAGGCAUUGCUUGUGGCUACGGCUGGAACUUCACAGCAUGUGCUCAGAGCCAAAGCUGUCGAUAUGGGCUCAUCAAUUACUAUCAGACCAUGAGCAUGGUUUCUGGCUUUGCCCCUCUCAUCACAGCUGGAAUUUUUGGAGCCACCCUCUCUUCGGCUUUGGCGUGCCUCGUCUCAGCUCCCAAAGUCUUCCAGUGUCUUUGUAAGGAUGAACUCUACCCGGCCAUUGGAUUUUUUGGAAAAGGCUAUGGAAAAAAUAAUGAACCGAUCAGGGGUUACAUGCUGACGUACCUCAUUGCGGUUGGCUUCAUUCUGAUUGCGGAACUAAAUGCCAUCGCUCCCAUCAUCUCCAACUUCUUUCUGUGCUCCUACGCGCUCAUCAAUUUCAGCUGUUUUCAUGCCUCCAUCACCAACUCACCAGGUUGGAGACCCUCCUUUAGAUAUUAUAGCAAGUGGGCAGCUCUGUUUGGGGCCAUCAUUUCUGUCGUUAUCAUGUUCCUGCUAACCUGGUGGGCUGCCCUCAUCGCUAUUGGGAUUGUGGUGUUCUUGCUCGGAUACGUUCUUUACAAAAAGCCUGGAGUUAACUGGGGCUCAUCUGUUCAAGCUGGUUCCUAUAACAUGGCCCUGAAUUAUUCUCUGAGUCUCAAUGAGGUGGAUGACCAUAUUAAAAAUUACAGGCCUCAAUGCCUCGUCCUGACUGGUCCUCCUAACUUCCGCCCAGCACUGGUCGAUUUUGUGGGAACUUUUACAAAAAAUUUGAGUCUGAUGAUUUGUGGGAAUGUGUUGAUCGGGCCCUGCAGACAGGUGAAUGCUGAAGUGGGACUUGCUUCCAAAGGCCACAUCAAAUGGCUGACCAAGCGAAAGAUCAAAGCUUUCUACACAGGCAUCUUAGCAGAGGACUUGAGAACUGGAGCACAAGUCCUUAUGCAGGCCUCAGGUCUUGGGAGAAUGAAACCCAACGUUCUUGUGCUUGGAUAUAAGAAGAACUGGCAGGCAGCACAUCCCCAGACAGUGGAAGAAUAUAUUGGGAUUCUGCAUGAUGCUUUUGACUUCAAAUACGGAUUAUGCGUGAUGCGUGUGAAGGAAGGACUCAAUAUUUCUCGGAUCAUGCAGGCUCACAUUAAUCCAGCUUUUGAUCCAGCAGAAGUUCCCCAGAAAAGCAGUGAAGUGCCUGCUGUAACAGGAACAUUGGAUCCUGAUGCUUCGGUGGCAGAACAACAGGCGAGCACCAUUUUCCAGAUGGAUCAAGGCAAGAAAACUAUUGACAUCUACUGGCUGUUUGAUGAUGGAGGUCUAACUCUUCUCAUCCCUUAUCUCCUUGGCCGCAAAAAGAGAUGGGGGAAAUGCAAGAUCCGAGUGUUUGUCGGUGGGCAGAUCAACCGAAUGGACGAAGAGCGGAAGGCGAUUGUCUCUUUAUUAAGCAAGUUUCGGCUUGGAUUUCACGAGGUCCACGUCCUUCCAGAUAUUAACCAGAAACCCCGACCUGAACAUGUGAAGAGAUUUGAUGACUUGAUUGCUCCGUUCAGACUGAACGAUGGCUUCAAAGAUGAUGCGGUGGUGAAUGAGAUGCGUCACGGCUGCCCAUGGAAAAUUUCCGAUGAAGAGGUUGCAAAAAACAAAGCUAAGUCACUUCGACAAGUGAGAAUGAAUGAAAUUUUGCUGGAUUAUUCUCGGGAUGCUGCCCUUAUUUUCAUAACUAUGCCGGUUGGCCGAAAGGGAUGUCCCAGUAGCCUGUACAUGGCUUGGCUGGAGACCCUCUCGCAAGAACUGAGGUCUCCCGUGAUCCUGAUCAGAGGCAACCAGGAAAACGUCUUGACUUUUUACUGUCAGUAGAAGAAAUUUCCAACCUGAUCCUGCUUUGCUGAUGAGCUAUCAAGAGGCUCCAUUGCAGGGAUGAAGGCGAAGAAUAAAAGACCGAUGGUGGAAAACAAAUUUUGUUGGGUUGUAAGAAUCCUCUUCUUCAGAACUCUUAAUGUUGUAAUAUUGGCUGGGUUUGUUUCUUGUGCUGAAUCAUGGCUUGUUUAAUCAUGGUUGGAAAAAGAAGCAGCAAUUGGAGGGGUUCACACAACGUGCCACGUCAUUAACUCUGAAUGGUAGAUUUGCUGGUCUCCCAAAGUAACCUAGGACACUGGCUACAUUUGAGUGAAUUUCAUUAGCAUUGACAUUUAAUUAAAAUUGAAUAUAUAGUGGCUGGAAACCACAUAUAUUAGUGAAUAAUUUCACUAAUAAUACAUUGUGUAUUGGUAUAAUACACAAAUACUGCAUAUUCAUCUUGAAUACUGAAUUAACCCAUUUCCUGGAUUCUUGUUCUACGCCGAUUCAUAAAAUAAUUGAAUGAGGUGGACUCAUCCACCUGGUAUGGGCCACCCAAGAAAUAAUCAAGAUUAAAAUUCACCAAACUAAGCCUAUAAGAAAAAAUAAUUGCUACCAACUUGCCUUCCAUUGAGGACCUGUAUACUGCACGAAUCAAGAAGAGGGCCGUGAAAAUAUUUGCGGAUCCCUCGCAUCCUGGACAUAAACUGUUUCAACUCCUACCCUCAAAACGACGCUAUACAGCACUGCACACCAGAACAACUAGACACAAGAACAGUUUUUUCCCGAAGGCCAUCACUCUGCUAAACAAAUAAUUCCAUCAACACUGUCAGUCUAUUUACUGAAUCUGCACUACUAUUAAUCGUUUCAUAGUUUCCAUCGCCAAUCUCUUUCCACUUAUGACUGUAUGACUAUAACUUGUUGCUGGCAAUCCUUAUGAUUUAUAUUGAUAUAUUGAUCAUCAAUUGUGUUGUAAAUGUUGUACCUUGAUGAACGUAUCUUUUCUUUUAUGUACACUGAGAGCAUAUGCACCAAGACAAAUUCCUUGUGUGUCC